CCGUUUGUGAAAAGCGGCUAUACUGAAGUUACUAGCUCACAUAAUGCACUUCGCUGUUUCCCGGACCGCACGUCUGCUUUCCAAGCGUUGCGCGCGCAUCCAAGUCAGCAGUCGGACCCUAUCCACUCUUCAAUCACGUCGCGCGUCCUUUACUUCCCAAUCGUCCAGCGACAGCGUUCAACAACCUCUGUCAUCCCUGUCGCGGCGCAUCACUUACUCCCCGUUUGCGACUGUUCCUCCCGUUGCCUUUGGUGCCAAGCGCUAUUUCUCUUACAGCCGCAUCACCAUGAGCACCGCCGCAGCCCCCGGCACUCCCCCAGCUGAGACAGCCCAGGCGGAGCAGCAGCAGCAGGCGGAGGCGCCCGCCGGGGACAACCCGCUUCUGGCGGACGUGUCCUUCCCCCUGUUCGACCGCAUCACCCCCGCCCAUGUGGUCCCCGGUGUACGGCAGCUGCUGGCGGAGCUGCAUGCUGAGGUGGACAGCCUGGAGGGGCGCGUGGAGGGCAGCUGGGGGGGGCUGGUGGAGCCCCUGGAGCGGCUGGGGGACCGGCACCAGCGGGUGUGGGGCAUCGUGAGCCACCUCAAGGGUGUCAAGGACAGCCCCGAGCUGCGUGCCGCGGUGGAGGAGGUGCAGCCGGAGAACGUGAAGCUGUCACUCAGGCUGAGCCAGAGCAGGCCCCUGUACCAGGCGUUCAAGGCGCUGCGCGAGGGCCCCGAGUGGACCAGUCUGACCCCCGCGCAGCAGCGCAUCGUGGACAACGAGCUAAGGGACUUCGUGCUGGGGGGCGUGGCGCUGGAGGGUGAGGCCAAGGAGCGCUUCAACGCCAUCCAGCAGGAGCUCACGCAGCUGGCCACCAAGUUCAGCAACAACGUGCUGGACGCAACGAAGGCCUUCAAGAAGCUUCUGACGGACCCCGCUGACGUGGCCGGCCUGCCCGCCACCUCGCUGGGGCUGGCGGCGCAGCAGGCGGCACGCGAGGGGCACGCGGGCGCCACUGCGGAGGCGGGCCCCUGGCUCAUCACGCUGGACUUCCCCUCCUACUUCCCAGUCAUGACGCACGCCAAGAACCGCGCGCUGAGGGAGGAGGUGUACAGGGCCUACAUCACGCGCGCCAGCUCGGGUGAGUCAGACAACGCGCCGCUCAUGGAGCGCAUCCUGGCGCUGCGGGCGGAGAAGGCGCAGCUGCUGGGCUUCCCCUCCUUCGCGCACCUCUCGCUGGCUUCCAAGAUGGCCACCCUGGACAAGGCCGAGGCGCUGCUAGAGGAGCUGCGGGCGGCCGCCCAGCCCGCGGCGCUGCAGGACAAGGCGGAGGUGCAGGAGUACGCGAACAGCCAGGGCUUCGAGGGACAGCUGGAAUGGUGGGACAUGUCCUUCUGGGCGGAGCGCCUGCGUGAGGCCAAGUACAACAUCAGCGAUGAGGAGCUGCGGCCCUACUUCGCACUGCCCAAUGUGCUGCAGGGGCUGUUCCAGCUCGCUCAGCGGUUGUUCGGAGUGGAGGUGCAGGCGGCGGACGGCGAGGCGCCCGUGUGGCACCCGGACGUGCGCUUCUUCAAGGUACUCCGCGACGGCCAGCCCAAGGCCUACUUCUACCUGGACCCCUACUCGCGACCCGCUGAGAAGCGCGGAGGCGCCUGGAUGGCGGAGGUGGUGGGGCAGAGCCGCCUGCUGGCGCCCCCGGGAGCCGCCGUACGGCUGCCCGUAGCGCACAUGGUGUGCAACCAGAUGGAGCCCGUGGGCUCCAAGCCCAGCCUGAUGACGUUCUCCGAGGUGGAGACGCUGUUCCACGAGUUCGGCCACGCGCUGCAGCACAUGCUGACGGAGGUGGGGUACGGCAUGGCGUCCGGCAUUCGCAACAUCGAGUGGGACGCCGUGGAGCUGCCCUCGCAGUUCAUGGAGAACUGGGCGUACGACAGGGCCACGCUGUACAGCUUCGCAAAGCACUACGAGACGGGCGCGCCGCUGCCUGAGGAGCUCUACCAGCGUCUCAAGGCCGCCAAGAACUACCGCAGCGGCACCCAGAUGCUCCGGCAGCUGCACUUCAGCUGCGUCGACCUGGAGCUGCAUGCGCGCUUCAAGCCGGGCCAGGGCCGCAGCCCCUUCGAUGUGGACCGCGAGGUGGCCGCGAGGACGCUGGUGAUGCAGCCGCUGCCGGAGGAUCGCUUCCUGUGCAGCUUCAUGCACAUCUUCUCAGGCGGCUACUCGGCCGGCUACUACAGCUACAAGUGGGCGGAGGUGCUGUCCGCGGACGCAUUCAACGCCUUCGAGGAGGCGGGUCUGGAGGACGAGGAGGCGGUGCGCGCUACGGGCGCCCGCUUCCGCGACACGGUGCUGGCGCUGGGCGGCAGUGUGGCGCCCGCGGAGGUGUUCCGCGCCUUCCGCGGCCGCGAGCCCUCCACCCGGCCGCUGCUGCUGCACAACGGGCUGCUGGCGGGAGCGGCGGCGUGAGGGGAGGAGGUUGGGAGGGAGGCGUGGAAGCAGGGGGCAAGGAAGGAAGAGCCGGAUGUGUCUUGUGGUUGGAGAGGGUAUGUUGGGCCGUAUAGGCAGGGCGUGAGGUCUGGGAUUUCCAGCGAGCUGUUGCCUGUCGGAAUGUAGGCUGUGUGAAGGUAUCGAGGCGCGCUGGUAGGGGGAUUGUGUGUUGGGGGUGGCGUUUAAGGUUAACGCAUGUACAGUACGGAGGUGCGGAUGCCUGAACAGUGCUUAAGGAGUCAUGGUGAAGGAGGGUGAAACGGUUAAACGUGCGUGGUAGGAUUCCUACCACACUCCCUAUUCCAAAACAUGCAAGGUGAUUCAUGCGGCUAGA